AUGAUUGACAGUGAAACAUUUUUUGCAAAAUACUUGCUAUCCCCUCGACUUUAACAAACUGAAUCUGAUUAAAGGGUAAUUCCCCUAAAUGCUGCUUAAAUUAGAUUAUCUCCAGAUAGAAAGAUUAAAUCUUCAUUUCUUUAGGAUGAAAUAUCCUAUACAUCCAAAAAUUCAUAAUUACUAAGUCAAACCAUCAGAUCACUUCUUAAAAACAGUUGGGAUUUUGUUGAAACUGUUAGAGAAAAAAACUUAAUUGAUCCACAUUUACAAUAUCAUUUAAGAAAAUUCAAAAAUGAUCACGAAAGUGUUAGUGAUCUUGUUAAUAGAAAAGUUUUUGAUAAUGUCGAACAUCUAAAUUAAUAUAAGGAUUAAAUUAAUUCAUUAUAAUCUGAGAUUGUUAACUUAAAUGAAAAAUGCAAGCAUAGAAAAGUAUGUUUAAAAAAAUUAAAUGACAUUCUAAAUAGAAAAGAUGAAGAACUUUUACAAAUGAAUCAAUAAUUAAACUCUUUUUAAACAGAUAAUUAGGCAUUAAAAAAUUAACAAGAAGAAUUAAAUUGCUAAAAUAUCUAAUUAAUUGAGGAAUUAUAAAAUGUAAUUAGUUCAUCAUAAUAAACUAUCAGUUAACUUAAUUAGAAGAUAGUGGAAGCAGAAAAUAAUUUUUAAUAAUUAAAAUCCGAUAAAGAUAAAGAGAUUUAUAAUUAGCUAAGCUAGACAGAUAAAUUAGAAGAAGAAUUUGACUCCCUUAAAUUAAAACUCAAGAAAUAAGACUCUUAAAUAGGUUUAUUGAUAGAAAAAAAUUAAGAAUAAAAAUUUGAAAUAGAAUCUCUAAAUACAACAUUAUUUUAGAAUAAAGAAUAAAUAAAAUUAAAUGAAAUUGAAAUCAAGAGAUUAAAAGAUUUAUGUUUAGUUUAAGAAGAACAACUGAAUUAAUAUUGUAAUCAGCAAACAUAAACCUUAUUAUAAUUCACUUAAAGAUAAAAUGAAUUAACUUAAUAGUUUAAUCAUAAAUAAAAUGAAUUUUUAUAAUAAAUUGCUUAGCUCGAAAAAGAUAAUGUUGAAUAUCAAGGAAAAGUUAAUUCACUUAUUUAAAAAGAAUAAUAACUACAAUCUAAACUAAAACAUCAGGAAGAUUAAUAGCUUGAGUUAGAGUAAACUAAUAACUUUUAAGUUGAUACAAUCUAAUAAUAAAAGAAAUAGAUUACAACAUUAACUUAAUAAUGUUAAUCAUACAUUUUAGAAUUGUAAAAUGAUCAAAAUGAAUAGAUUAUAUAAGAAUUGUAAACUUAAUUAAGUUAAUCUAAAGUAACUAUAAAUGAAUAAAAUAAUAAAAUUAAGGAGGAAGAAAAUAAAUUAGAAAAAUUGAAAUUAGAAAAAGAUGAUAUAACCUAAACAAAAUUAAAUCAAAUUUAUAAAUUAGAAGAAGAACUAGAAAUUCUAAAAUUAAAAUUGAAAAAAUAAGACUCAUAAUUGGAAAUCUCAUCUGAAAAGAAUCACGAACUUAAACAGGAGAUUGAAAUCCUAAAUACAGAAAUUCUAUCUUUAAAAGAUUAAAUUAAACUUAAUGAUAUAGAACUCAAAAGAUUAAGAGAUUUAACUUUAGUACAAGAAGAAUAAUUAAAAGUUUAUUGCGAUCAAUAAACAUAAACAUUUUAAUAGUUUAGUGCAAGAUAAAAUGAACAAGCUUAACAGUUUAGUUAAAAAUAAACUGAAUUGUUAGAGUAGAUUGCUACUCAGUAAAAAGAAUUUGUCGAUUUACAGGGUAAGCUAUCCUAAAUUAUGCAGAAAGAAAUUUUGUCACAUUAAAAGAUUAAGAUUUUAGAAGAUUAAGUAGCUGAAAUUGAAGAAUUAAAUAAAAAUUUACUCGAAACCAAUUCUAAAUAAAAAAAAUAAUUGAGUAAUUUAAAUUUAGUGUGCUCAUAAAAUGAUAUUCUACUUGAACAAUAAUAGAAAGAAAGGUAAAAUUUAGAAAUUACUAUCUAAUAAAAUAAAUAGAAACUUAAACAAGUUGAAGAAAAAUUAAACUAGUCUAAUUUAAUUAUUUAAUAAUAUGAGUAAUAAAUAAAUGAUUAAUAAUUAUAAUUAUCAAUCCUUAAUUAAACUUAAUAAGAAUUGUAAUAAUAUUAAUUAUAAGUCUAAACUUUAAACAAUGAUUUGGAAGAAUCAAGAUUGUAAUCAGAAACUGUAAUGAAAUAAAAAGAAGAAAUUUUUGUUAGACUUUAAAAUACAAUAAAUACAAAUAAUUAAUUAUAAUAAUAAAGUAAGUCGCUUGAAUAGUAAUAUAAAUUAAUUGAAAAUAACCAUUCAAGUCUUACAUAAGAAAAUAGAAGACUUUAAAAUUAAUUAAGUGAAUCUAUCAGUAUUAGUAAAUAAAAAGAAAUUGAAAAUCUAGAGUUACAGAAAUUAAAUGAAACUUUUAAUUAAUAGAUAUCUUAAUUAUAAAAUUAAUAUACUUAAUUAGAAUAAUCAUAUCUUUAAAUAGAAUCAGAUAAAAAUAUUAUAAAUUAAUAAUUAAAUGAUAAUUCUCAUUUAUUAGAAUAAUCAAUGAUUGAAAAUGAAAGCAAAUUGACAAAAUUAUAGGUAUAAAAUUAAAAUUUGAAAGAGGAAAUAAAAUAGUUAAAAAAGAAUUAGAAUGAAAAUGAACAUUAAUUUGCUUAAACAGUUAAAUAAUAUCAUUAAAAACAUUUAGGUAUAAUUAUUAAUAAUAUUUUUAGAACAUAAUACAAAAAUGAGUGAAAUAAAUAAAUUAUUAAAAGAAAGAAAUGAAGAAAUAUAAAAAAUGAAAUUAUAAAUGGAUGAUGCAUAAAUAAAAUCUUAAUUACUUAAAAUGAAAGGUAAAUUUAAAAAAUUAUCAUUUAGAUGAAACUUAUAGAAGAUUAUUAAAUAGAAUUAUAAAAUCAAUUGAUCCAUUUUAUGAUACUAAAAGAAUUAAUGAUUUAGAUAGUUUACUUGAAACUGCAGUUGAGAAAGUCCAAAUACUUGUUAAAUUAAAAAAGAAAAAUAAAGAAAACGAUGAAUUUUCUUUAAAUAGUUAAAAAGAACCAUUCAAUUUGGAAUUAUCUCAAAUAGUAUAAAAUUGA